AUGGCUUUCUCAACUUUUUUCACAAUUGCAGCUUUGAUUGUUUUGGCUGAAUCUUGCAGUGAUUCAGGAUCAAAGUAAGUUUUGAGCUAUCGUAAAUUCAAAAGUGUGAAAUAAUUUAUCAAAAAUUUUAGCUGUGCAAAUUGGGUUAAAAAUGGAUUCUGUAAAUCCGCAUAUUAUACUUAUGCUCAAAAAUAUUCAUAUUGUGCAAGUUCGUGUGGAUAUUGUUCAUCAACAACAACAUCAUCAUCUUCAACCUCUUGUUCUAAUUCAGCAUCAGCGUAAGUUUGAGAAUCCUUGAUGUGGACCAAAAAAAUUUUGGCAUUUUAUUGACAUUUUGAAAAUGUCCUUUGGAUCUCGCCAAAUUUUCGAGUAAGAUUGAAACAAAAUAAUUCAGAUGUUCAUCUUGGGCAGCAAAUGGUUUUUGCACAAGUACAUUCUAUACAACAGCUCAAAAAGCAGCAUAUUGUGCAAGUUCAUGUGGAUUAUGUUCAUCAACAACAACUGCAUCAUCUUCAACUUGUUCAGAUUCUGUAACAACGUAAUCUACAAAUUUUCUUUUUUUCUUCAAAAUAUCUAAAAUUAUUUCAGAUGUUCUGCAUGGAAUAACAAUGGUUUCUGUGCCAGUUCAUUCUAUACAACUGCUAUCAAAACUCAAUAUUGUCAAAAAACUUGUUCACUUUGUUCAGAAUCUGAUACAACUGCUGCUUCUGAUACUGAUACCACAACUGCAUAA